GUGCGGUUCGACGAAAUCGACACUGACCAGGAUGGACGUGUUACGUACGCAGAGCUAGAGCGAUGGUACAAGAGGAGUGCCGAAACUAGCAACACAGACGCUAGCAAACUAAAAAGCUACUUUCAACAGUACGACAAAAACCGCAAUGGCGCACUGAGCAUCGCCGAAUUCGUACCAAUGGCGUUACUGCUGAUGCGCAAACCAAUCCGACAAAGUGAACAGCUUUUCAAGCGUGUUGAUAAAAAUGGUGAUGGAGCAAUAACACCCACCGAAGCACUGGAUUCGGGCAAUGUUGGCAUCAGCAAAGAAGUUAUUGAUGGAAUUUUCCAGGUAGCCGAUUUCAAUCAUGAUGGCAAGAUCACGCUCAACGAAUUCUCAUCCAUUAUCGAUAGUGAUCCAAACAUUGGACAACCCAAAACCCAACAUUUCCACUUACCGGACACAGCUGUGCCAGAUCUUUCGAUCCUAUUUUGCACACCUCCAGUUAUUAUCGACAGCCUGUUUGAUGUUUGUGCGCGGCCACUGCAGAAGUAA